GCUCCCUCCCCAGGACGUGAGAUUCAGCCACCUCACCAUGAAGCUCUCUGGCCUGCUCUGCAUCCUGCUUCUCUGCUGCUCCAUCUUCUCUGCAGAAGGGAGAAGGCAUCCUGCCAAGCUAUGGAGAGCCAAGCCUUGCUGCCGCCAAGUUCCUCGCUACAACCAGAUGACCCCGAAAAGAUAUUGUACGAGGCUCUGCAGACUGCGCAAGCCCAAGCCAGGGUCAUCCUCUUGGGUGGUGCCUGGGGCACUUCCACAGGUGUAGUGCCUCCGAUGAAAAGCUCCAUCCAUACAGCUGAGACCUUCAUGCUCGCACUUGAGGCACCCAGCAACCUCGGGUUGCACCUUUCAACCUUCACGAUGGUGAGCUGCGAUGUUGGAGGGCUUUGUCUCAGGCAGCAAGAGCCCUGGAAAACUUCUGGAAUGCCUGAAAGAUCCUGGUCUCAAUUGUGCCACCAACCUUCACAGUUGUUCUGAACCAGUCUCAGCCCACAUGGCCUCAGUCUCCACAUGGCCCCUCCCGUGCUGCUCACUGAGGAUUCUGCCAUGACCUCUGGCAGCUACAAAUCCAGAGAUGUCCAAGCCUGCUAGGGUGCAGGGUGGCAAGCACCCAAAGGUGGCGAACAAAGACUGCAGUCUCAGCCGUCCUCAGAUACACGCAACCUCCCAACAUUUAACCACCCAGCAUCCAACAGCCCUGAGAGAACCCCUUCCUAACUUCCUGAUAUGAGUCUGCUGGAAACAACAUUCAAUCAAACAGUAAUAAAUAAAUAAACAAAAUGCAAGGAGCGUCCUUGCAUGAGAAAGUCAA